AUGGGCAGCACCGAAUCGAGCGAAGCUGCCAAAGAUGCAUCGCGUCAGAGGGGCAAGCGGGCUGCUGAAAAAAACGACCAGACGCUUGAUACCAAGCAGUCAACGUCUAAGACGAAGCAGCCAGCACGUAAUACUGGACAGCCCGUGAAAAAAAACAAGGAGGGAUCGACGUUCAUGGCCUCAGUCGCGACAAACCGCAUGACAGCUGCAAUAACAACCGGCCCCGACGACUGCACCGCUACGACCGUCGUAACCCGUCCCAAUGGCUCAAAAAUAAUGAUCCCCGAGAUCAUUGCCACUAAGGAUAAGGGGGUUGACGUAAAACAGCAGAGAAUGAGCCCCACGGCAGUGGCAGCGGCCCAUGCCGUGACCGACUUUGAAAGCGUUAGCGAGGAGAAGGCUACACCGAGUUUUGCAGAGCUUGCGUGGCACGCCUGGAGUGCCUGCGCCACGAUGGCUGCCAUGGGAUCCAAAGAAGCGGCUGAAGAAAUGCUCUGCGCUCUGAGUGACAGCACUGGCGUGCUCUUUACGAGUACCGUUGUAACGCCUCCAGCUGGCGCGAUGAUGGCGAGUCCAGACAUUGUGAAGGAGUGGAAAAAAGAAGACUACAUAAAGCUAAUGCCUGCUUUUCUAAAGUACGUGACAAACCAUGGCCGCCGUAUUGAAUCGCUGAGUGCGGUAGAACUGUUCAUACUCGCCCGUGCAUUUUGUCGCUUCCGAGUAAUAAAAUACGAAGUAGAAGAAAACGAGAAAAGUUUGGCAGAGCGUGUAUUGGCCAUUGAAACUCGUCGCUCAAAGGAGCGCAAAGUGGCGUGGGAGCUCACCCGCGCCUUUACGCUCUUUUAUCCCCAGUACCCGAUUCGAAGCUGCGGGCUACGCUUUCGUACGACAAAUGCGGUACUGAUGGACAAGGCUCACAUUGAACAUGAAGCCGCGUUUGAAUUCAUCUCGAUCAAUCGCUGCUUGUCAAAAUGGCUUAAAAAAAUUAUUGUCAUCUCACUUCUGCGUGACUCAUCUGAGGACUGCACUCGUGCAAGCAGUAAUAUUGUGCUUGUAAAUGGAGAAGUUGUGCAUUGUGGGUCUUGGGAAGAAGUUUUCAAGCACUUGCAAGACCGAGGUGUACAAUGCUCGUCCCAAAAGGACGUGUUUAUGUGUUUAAGUGACAAGAAAACAAAUGCAGCCCUAGUUGAUCUAGAAAAUGGCACAACGAAGUCAGUGUCAAUUCUAAAACUAGCCGAUGAGCUAGUCUUGUCCGCUAAAUCACCAAUUGUCGAAACCCAAGCGGGAGACGAGGACCAUUUUAUCAAUGUUAACAAAUUUUGUUCCACACAAUCUAGACCGAUGUCAUCGGAAGAUAAAACGGCAGUAAAAAAGGGUGCUUUCAUGUACGCGGUUGACUUGUCCGCGAAAAGGGAAUAUAAAAGAGAUGAUGAAGAAGAUUUUGAUGCUGGAAACUGGCUCAUGUCAUGGUUCGAGCAUCAAAUUGACAGUACACCGCUCACAACAAAAGCAGCAGCUCGAAAACUCAUUGCCACCUGGGCAGCCGUACACAUGGGUCCAUCGGCGUACGCACGAGUACGAUCAAAGAGACAUCUCGUUCAGCUGAGCUCGGUACUGUAA